CUUUAUUAACCUCAAGCUUGUUGAGAACCUAAAACUCAUAUGAUCCUACAUUAUAAUUUCCAACUCUGGUCUCUUAAAAGUACGAAACUUUGACAACUACUCUACAGCCAGAAAUGCCCAUCUUGAUCACCGGAGCCGCAUCAGGGAUCGGACUCGAAUUCUUGAAACGAUGGGCCCCCAAACAGAUAUGCAUCGCUGUGGAUAAUGUCCCCAUCCCACUCGACUGGCUUCCGGAAGGAUAUGAACAUUCGGUCCUAGCGUAUACCGUUGACCUGACGUCUCCGACGGCAAUUGAGAAGCUCGGGCAAAAGCUGAAGCAGGUUUCCAUCUCGUGCAUAAUACACAGCGCCGGUAUACGAGGCCUGGUCUCUUCGAUCCACCAGACGAAUCCGACCGACGUGCGAAGCGCAGAGACAAUGGAGUCAAUGGACGCGGCGACGAUGACUACGACGUUCCAAAUCAAUGCGCUGGGGACCUUCUUGCUCGUCAAGGAAUUGUUUUCCAGUCUCAGAUUGGCGCUACAGCUUGGCGACGAAGUCAAGGUCGUGGUCAUGUCGUCACGGAUGGGUUCUAUUUCGGGGAAUAAUUCAGGAGGAGGAUACGCAUAUCGUGCGUCAAAAGCCGCGCUGAACGCCAUCGUCAAGUCAUUCGCCGUCGAUAUCCCUGAAAUGACGUUUCUCAUGGUUCAUCCCGGCCGUGUCGAGACGGGGCUCGUUCUGGCUAAGGAGCAGGGUGCAAUGAGGGCCGAGGAGAGUGUUAGCGACAUGAUCGCGCUGUUCGACCGCCUUUCAAGCAAAGACUCAGGACGAUUCUUGGACCGCUUCGGAGAAGACAUUCCAUUCUGACCGAUACGUACGAGGAUUAAAUAUUAGUCAUACUCGUGCUCGUGCCUGGACAUCUAUUCUA